CUUACAAACUUGCAAAAUGCGAACGCGAUUGAAGGCAAUUGAGAUUUCCAACUUCAAAAGUUUCGUGGGACGAUGGGAUCUCACACCACUGAUGCCAUGGAACGCUAUUACUGCUCCCAAUGGAUCAGGGAAAUCUAGCUUAAUUGAUGCAAUCACAUUUGGUCUUGGCGAAAACGAGAAUGUUCAGCUGAGAAUCAAUAAUCUGGAGGAGCUGGUUCCUCAGACGAACACUCAUGAGAGUCGAACUUUCGUGAGUCUCACAUUUUCCUCUGGGAAAGACACAACAGUAUUCGAGAGAUCCCUGGUGAAAAACCGGGCUCAACAACGAUACGAGUCACUGUACACAAUAAAUGAACAGGUAGUUGAUACAGCUGACUACCUGGAAAGGCUAAAGGCCCUCGGGAUCAACAUCAAGGCAAAGGAUUUCGUGGUUUAUCAGGGCAACAUCAACGAUAUAAUCGAUGCAUCUCCACAGGACCGACUAAAUAUGUUGGAAACUGCAAGUGGAUCUUUGGCGUUCAAAGAACGUUACGACUAUUUGACGCAGGAGUUGAGUGCAUUCCGCGAAAAAGUUGUCAAAGAGACCUCAACAAAGAGAAAAUUGAGGAGUGAGAUGAAUAAGUACAAAGCGGCAGCUGAAAAAUCAAGGGAAUUGAAGCAACAGAGAGAGCAAUUUCAAAGGACCAAUGCAGAAUGCUACCUGCUGCAAUUGAAAAUCAUUGAUCUCAAGAAUGAAACCCUCAAUCAAAAUGUACCCUCAAGAAGCGCGUCAUCGCGGAUCGAGGAGACGAAGGAGAAGACACGAGAUCUCAAAAAGACUUUGAAGAAGAUGGAAGUAAAGCAAAACGAGUUGUUAGAAGAAUCCCAACAACUUGACAAAUUAAACGCUGAACUGUGCAAGAAAAAUAAUCAACAGUCAGAUUAUGAAAUGGAAAUAAAGAAACUGAAAAAAUGGCUGGAGGAUGAGCAAAAACUCCAGGAUGUCGUUAAUGAUAUAGAGGGAAGGAUUGAAGAGAAUGAGAAAUUAUUGCAGAUGUUUCAUUCUCAGGGGCGGACCAGUGAUGACGCACGUGUCUCAGAAUAUGAAGGAGAGUACGAACGUUUACUGAAAGAAGUUCGACAGCAAAUGGGUGGAUCUCUAGCGAUAAACGAAUCCAAGCUUCGACAAGAACGUAAACUCAAAGCUGAGUUGGAUCUCUUGACCCAGAAAGGCCGAGGCCUCGACAAAUCCAUUUCUGAUCAUCGAAACGCUAUCACUAGAAGCGAACACGCCUUGGAGAACUAUCGACGUGACUACCAAACUAUUCUAGAGGAAGUUAAAAAACUUGGGAAAGAAAAGCAGGAGAAAUCGCAGCUGCUGUUAUCGAAAGAAGAAUUAGAAUCAUUGAAGAAUCGCAGACGAAAGAUCGAGGAAGAUUUAGAAACCCUCAGAAUCUGUUCAGAAAAAAAGAGGGGGAGGGAAAAACAAAGGGGAACAUUGGAGAAAUUGAAGGCAAAAUUUCCUGACUCUGUGCACGAUCGUGUCGCCAAUUUGUGUCGAAUCCCCCAGGAGAAGUACAAAAUUGCAGUGGCAGCUGCACUCGAUAAGAAUCUGGACGCAAUCAUCGUUGAGGAUGACGCCACUGCUGCAGCUUGUUUAGAGUAUCUGGAGCAAGAAAGAAUAGGUUUCGAGACUUUUUACAGCAUCGAAAGUGCAAGUCCCCCGACUCUCGACAGAAAUCUUCUAUCAAAACUCAACUCUGCUAAUGCAAAAUUGGUCUACGACCUUGUCAAGUUCGAUCAACAGUACGAACCGGUCAUCAGGAGCAUCGUGAGAUCAACGGUCUUGUGUCAGACCCUCGAAGACGCAUGGAGUGCCAUGGACAAAAUGCAGCGCCUGAGGAGGAAGCACAGUGUGGUUACCCUGGCAGGCGAAAUGUUGACUGCGAGGUUCGUUGUAUCUGCUGGUUUCAGUGAGAGGAAAAUUCAGUCCGACAGGAUCAAGACUGUCAAUGAGGCUCAGCUGGAAGUGGAGAGACAGUGCAUUCUCGAGAAACUAACACGUGUUAGGGAUGGGAAUCUCAAGAUUGAGGUCCAGAGAAUGAAUGCUGAACAUGAGUUGAAAUUACGCUGCUUGCUUAAUUUAAAAACAUGCAUUAGUGAGACUGAAAAGAAGAACGAAAUCCUUAAGGCGGACUUGGAAGAUCUGAAAAGACAACAUCAACAGAUAGAAGAGAAGAAAAUUGACUUGGAGAAGAGGAAACAAGACUUAACAAACCAAGGGGAACAUCUUCAACGAGAGAUGGAUAAGCUUCGAGAAACAAGUUUCCAGGAGUUCUGUCAACAAUUUGGCAUCGAGAAUAUUGGACAAUUCGAGUCGAUGUUGGCAUCGAAGAAUGACCGGAGAGAGCGUAGGAAAAUCAUCGAAGGUCAACUCUCAGAGCUGAAGUCGUUGAAGAGAUAUGAAGAAUCAAGAUCUAAGGCAAAGGAAAUUCCCAAAUGGAAAGAAAGAGUUCAAGACCUCGAGGAAAAGCAGAAAGACUUGCAGUUGUAUCUGCACAAAUUGAACGAGGAAAAAGAGCGGUGCGACUCAUCUGUAAAAAAGCUCCAGGCGAUCUUGGAGAAGGAGACAAGAAUCCUGAAUGCAGCUGAUGGAAAGCGUAAGGAAUUAUUCACCUUGAGCCACCAAAACGACCGAAAAACUCGCCAAGUGUCUCGUAUCAGAGAGGAAUUGAGCAUUAAACGUCGAGAGAUUGUGUCUGCCGCACGAUUCGAAGGUGUUUCACUGCCACAACUUGAGGCAGAAGGCUCAUCAUCUCAGUCAUCUGUGGAGGACAAUCAAAAGAAAUUUGAUUACAGUCAUUUGAGAUCAGAAUGGCAGAAGUCAAAGGACGUUGAGCUCCUCGAAAAAGAACUGUGGGCCCUCGAGCAGACGUUGGAGCGGACUCGAGUGGACGAGCACGAAAUGCCUGAUAUAGAGGAACAAUUGAACUCUUUGAAAAGCAAGUUGAGAGAGGUCGAUGCACGACUGGAAAGUCUGAAAAAACAAGAGCAGCGGCUGGCUGCGAAAUUGAGAGAAGUUGACAAGGACAGAUCCGAUGCUUUCAUUCCCUUCUUCGACAAAGCCAUAAGUGUGAUCGAUAAUAUCUGCAAGGAGAUAUACAACAGUAACUCUGCCCAUGCUAUACUCUCAGCGGUGAAUCCCUCUAAGCCAUAUCUAGAUGGCAUUCGCUACGACUGCACUCCUGCACGAAAGAAAUAUCGUAAUGUUGAGAAGCUGUCUGGUGGUGAAAAGGCCAUGGCAGGUUUGAUAUUUCUGUUUGCUCUGCAGGAGAGUCGCUCCUCAUCGCUCGUCAUUCUGGAUGAAGUCGAUGGGGCUCUGGAUCCAAAAUUCGUCCAGGGAUUCGUGAAUUACUUGAAGAAACUCAAGAGGAAACAUCAGGUCUUCAUGAUCUCACAUAAUCCAAUGAUCAAUAGUGGCGCAGAUACGAUGAUAUGCGUUACCCCAAAUAUUUCAUCUGGAGAGCUCGAGAGUGUGCCUAUAAUGGUGGAUCUGGCUGGGAAAUUCACGGAUAGACAGUGA